AUGUCUGUCGCACGCUCUGAACUUCGAUUCCGUGCCCCGCCGUCAAUGCGAUUCAGCGACGGUUCAGCCAACUCCAAAACCGCACCUCCAGGGCCUUCCAGCACAAGCGACACGCCCAUUGAAAGAGCCGCAGCUCGCUUCGCCAUCACGGGCAAUGCCAUCAUUACUGGUGGCGCCGGAGACAUUGGCUCAGUAGCUUGCAGAGCAUUGCUCGAGCAUGGCCUUCAAGGUCUAGCCAUCUUUGACCUGCACCUUGAUGCAGGCGAAACGACCGCGUCCAGGCUCCAAAACGAGUUUCCUGAAGCCAAGAUCAAGUUCUUCGUUGUCGAUGUGACGGACCCCAAAUCCGUCACUGAGUCCGUGAAGAAUGCUGAGGAAGCUAUCGGGCCGGUCAAUAUUUGUCUCUGCUUCGCGGGCAUCGCAUUCGCAUCGCGCGCAUUUGACAUUACCCCUCAGCAAUUCCAAACCAUGCUUGGCGUCAACACAACCGGUGCUUUCCUCGUUACACAAGCCGUAGCACAGUCUAUGAAAGAUCGAGGAACUGGUGGUUCAAUCAUUUUGAUGGCGAGCAUCUCUGGUCACAUUGUCAAUUUUCCUCAACCUCAAGUUCACUAUAACGCUGCUAAAGCAGCUGUUCUUUCCAUGAAGAGUUCUCUUGCUGCGGAAUGGGCUGUGCAUGGAAUUCGGGUAAAUAGCAUUAGUCCUGGUUACAUGGAUACUAUUCUUAAUGAAGGCGAUGGAUUGGCUGAACAUAGGGAGAUUUGGUCUAAGCGCACGCCUUUUGGACGUAUGGGUAAGCCGGAGGAACUCACAGGUGCUAUUAUACUGUUGGCUAGUAAGGCCGGUAGCUACAUCACUGGAGCAGACAUAGUCGUUGAUGGGGGUAUUAGUGCUUUGUAA